CACAUCUGUCAGUCGUCUAUUAUCAGUGAAAUAAUUGUCUGUCACGGAGAAAAGUAUAGCAAAUUAAAACUAUUUAUUUUACUAUAUUUAUAUUUCCUCCUUUACCUUAUAAAAUUUGUUAAAAGGUCAUUAAAAUAUUUAUGAUAUUUCACGUCUUACUAUAGGAAAGAAAGCGUCGUUGGUAAAAAAAAAUGGCAUCAACAACGGGCUCGGCAACUGGUGGCAGCAGUGGGGACUGUGAAGGUGAAGAGCAGGAGGACUCGUCUUCCUCAUUAGACAUGAAAGCCACCAGUGAUAACCUCAAGUCUCUGAAUUUGCAGGACAACUCACAGACUGAAGAUGGUGAAGACGAGUUAACAGCUUUCCGCCAGCAAUGGCAGAGAGAGUUGGAGGGCACUCCAACCCCAACUGAAGAACCAAAGCCUCAACCUGCGGUUGUCGAGCCCCAAACUGAUGAGGAGAAGGCGAAAGAGUUUUUCCUACGAGGUGUGGAGAUGGAGCGUGGUGGAAAAUUGUAUGAAGCCAUACAAAACUAUAAGAGGGCCAUGCAGAUCCUUCCAGAUGUGGAGACACGACUUUAUGAGAGCUCAGAGCUGAGAGGAGACACUCCUGAAGUGGAAUCUGAGACGGAAGAGGUGUUGACAGUGGAACACGCUAAUACCAGUGACGACGAGGACGCCGUCGAGGGAGAGGAUCUACUGACGCGCCUGCAGAGGAUACUCGCCAGGAAGGGCACAUUCUGCGAGCCUGAAUUUCCUACUAAGGGCGGGCACGUGUCGUGGCUGCCGUACGAGGUGGUGGUGCUGGUGCUGCGCUGGGUGGUGGGCGCGGAGCUGGACGCGGCGUCGCUGGAGCGCGCGGCGGCGGCGUGCCGCGGCCUCUACGUCGCCGCGCGCGACCCCGACAUAUGGCGCACGCUCUGCGUCAAGACGUGGGGCAUCGAGUGCGGCACCCCUCGCAGCGGCGGGUACCUGUCGUGGAGGCACAUGUACGUGUCGCGGCCGCGGCUGCUGCUGCACGGCUGCUACAUCAGCAAGACCACGUACCUGCGCCACGGGGAGAACUCCUUCCAGGACCAGUUCUACCGGCCCUGGUACCUCAUCGAAUACUACCGCUACCUCAGGUUCUUUCCCGAGGGCGUGGUGCUGAUGUGGACGACCGCCGAAGAGCCAGUGGCGUGCGUGGGCCACCUUCGCUAUCGCACGCCUAAGACUUCGAUGGGCAUCAUGGCCGGACACUAUCGGCUUAUGGGUGACAAGGUAGUGAUUGUGAUAAAGAAGACUAACGCGGACAAGAAGCCCGCGCAGGCGUCGAACACGCGCUUCCGUUCGCGGCGCAAGGACUCGCACGACCAGCACGAGCAGACCUUCCACAUCGAGCUGCAGCUGAGCGACGCGCGCGCGCGCCGCAACUGGCGGCUGGCGUGGCGCCGCUACUCGGCGUGCGCGCGCCGCGACCUGCGCGACCUGCGCGACCACUGCACGCAGUUCGAGCUCAGCGCCGCCAAGUUCCCGCCCUUCGCCUUCUCGCCCGUGCGCGCCUACACCGCGCACGCGCACGCGCCGCUGCUCAACACGCACGCCUACACGUAAUAAUUGACAGAAUUAUGGACUGGGACCUCGGAACAAUCGACGGUGUGUUCUUAGAUAGAGUACUUGUAUUGAAUGAAAAUAAUCGACUUAACCCUUCUUUGCAUGUUUUUUUUUUUAUUGGUGAAAUCAAAGUCAUAUAAUCAAAGUGAUAUAAUUCAUGUUUAAAAUUAAAAGAAAAAUGGUCAAAACAAUAAAUUUGACAGCUAUGUUUUUUUUUUCUGCAAUGGACAUUAAAAUAUUAUCCAGACACGAUCAAAUUAAAGUGAACUUGGUCUUUUAUAUAAGUUUUAGGCAUUCAAUAUUAUGAUGGAAAUUUCCACCAGUAUGCGAAGAAGGGUUAAACGCAGCAUCAUAGAAAAUGGAGCGGUCUCAUGGCAGCGAAUGAACUUGUGUUGUUAUUAGCUUCAAAAAUAGUUCACGAACUGUUAUCAGACUAUGUUUUUGUAAUAUUUUGUAUAAAAAUAUGUACUAUAAUAAUUAAAGAGCGCUCGUAUAUUUUCUUUAUAAAACCAUAUAAGUUGUGUAUUGUAUUUAUUGCUUUCUGAUAGCAGGCUUACAUGUUUAGAGCAUAGCUAGAGUACAGCUAAUAUACAGAGUGUAACGGAAAGGGUUUAUGAUCGUUUCCUGUGAAACGGUGGCGCCCUCUGAUAUCAAUAGUCUUGUACCAUUAUUUUUCACAAACAAUGAUGGUUAGAUAGUUCCUUAUAUAUCGUCAUAGCCGUAGAAUACUGACGGAUCUAUAUAUGUAAUAUUUGUCAGAUCCGUCAGUAUUCUACGACUAUGACGAUAUGGUGGAUAGGUGUUUGUGUACAAUAGUGGUCUAUUUUCAAUUUUAUUUCCUCCUUAUUCCAAAUAUACAAGUUCAUCGAUGAUUUAAAAAAUUUGGUGCUCAUUUUUUGAAUACUUUAAGAGGCUUCAUACUGUUAUAAAACGUUCGUGUGAUUUCUGUCAAAUUUCAUACAAAAUUUAUAACUUUUCUUUAGCAUUUUUUUUAUUUUAGAUAUAAAAUUAACGUAAAUUGAAUUUGUGAAAGGAAUGUUGAUAUCUUUUUAUAACAACGUGGAUGAUUCCGAUGCACCACUAUUGUCUAGUUUAAAAAUAAUAUUUUUAAUUUGAUAAUUUUGAGAAAGUACUGCUUUAUCAAUUGACUUCAAAGUGAACGAGGGUCUUAAUUCGUUUUUUUUUUUUUUAUAUAUUUGGUACCUUGUAACAGUUAUGAAAUAAUUUGGAAAAUUAACAAUUUAAUGAAAAAAUUAACAAAAUCUGAAAAUCAAAAAUGAAUACUUAUAGAUUAAUUCCAUAGAAAUUUUAUCAAAAUCGGUUUUGCCACAAUGAAGUUUGUUUUGUGGAAUAAAAAAUAAAAGACUUAAAUAAAAUAAAACUUUUGAUUUAAGUCUAUUAGAAAUGUAGUUCUUAGAAUAAAUAUUUUGUUGUAAUAUCAAAUUGAAAUUUUAAUUUUUAUAUAGAUUUAGAGAUUGGCGCUUCAGAAUCGACCACAAUAAAUACCUUUUUACAUUCGACAAUUUCAAAAUUACUUUUUGUUUAUUUUUUAAACGUGACAGAUGUUAAACAAUAAUUAGAAUUUUUAUGCUUUAUUAGGCUAGGAAUUUUAAUGAAAAGUUAAUUUUCAAAUAUGUCUUGAUUUUUUUGUUUAUUUUUGUACCUAUUUGGCAAACAUGAUCGUGUAAGGUACCAAUUAUGCACAGAUAACCUGAUUUCAUUGUGUGUGGUUUUUCUUAUACAUAGUAAUUUCAACCAUUAAUUUUUUUUAAUGAACUUUGUGCCAUAUGUCAGUUUUUAGCCAUACAUUUGUCGUUCCCUUUUUUUAAUUAAAAUAAAUAUUACAAUAAACAUAAAAAAUCUAGUGAAAAUAAUGCUUGUAAUUUUUUUUAUAGAAAUUACUAGAUUAAUAUAAAUAAUAAAUAUAUGUAUUUUAUGGGUGAAUACUGACAUAUGUUAUAAUACUAGUAUCUAAAAUAUUAUUUUGGUUCCUAUUUCAUCUAUGCUAGCGUUUGUUCCCAAUAAUAUACAUAGGUAAUCCUGACAUUGGAGUUAAUUUUGAGACGCGAUUUCUCUAACCUAUCCUCUUAACCUGUUUUAAUUCGAUAGUUUGGCAUAAUUACUGUUUUAUGGGUCAUAAUAAAUUAAAUUUAUAAUAUUGUUGACUUAAAUCUAUUAGAAAAUUUGUUCAUAAUAGUCUUAAGUUAUAAAGUUUCCGCUGUUAUAUCAAAUUGAAACUUUAAUUUUGAGAGAUAAGCUUAGAAUAAUGGCGCCUCAGAAUCGACCCUAUUGAUAGCUAUUUAAAUUUUGUAUACAAUUUUAACUACGGAGAAGCAAUUUCAAUUAUAGAAACCGCGUUCCGAUUCCACAUUCUAAAUUCAAAUAUUUAUAAAUAUAAUUUGUCUAUGAAACAUUUUGACAUAUAUCGGUGAGUGUGAGUCGUUUUAAAAUAAGAAUAGUGAGAUUAGGUUCUAGUCAGUAUCGAUUUUGUUGCGAUGAAAAUCGCUGUUUAUGAAACGAAAUGCGCUUGUUAUAAAUACGAAUAAGAAAACGCCCAAAUCAAUAUAAAUAUAUUUUUAGAAGUACUCAUCACAUUGACCCAAUUAUUGGCUGGAAAAGAUAUAUUAUAAAAAAGUAUAUGUAUCGAUUGUCUAGUAGCUAAGUCAUAGUACAAGCUUUACUUCUAUUGGCACUAGAUGGCGCUCUAUAUGUCCAGAGAUAUUUAUUUAUUGAGACGAACCUAUCUGAUAGUAAACAAGAAUUGAUGUAAAUUAUUGGGAACGAUGGUUGUUUUUUUACGUUUUCAUAUAAUUGUAAACCAGUGAAAGAAUUAUAGCUAGUCGCACCAAUGUGAGACAUAAUGCCUUAGAUUAAGUAAUUAAUGAAAUAAAGUGACCAUAUUUUUCAAUGAA